AUACACAGCCUCCAGGGGAUGAUGUCCAUUUCGGGAAAGGGGCGGUCUUAUGGCAAACUUUCCGCCAUUUUGUGAACUACAAUUGGCGCUAAUCGACGAGGGUGGAUAACUUGGCAUUGGCUGGCUUCCAACGCCAUGGGGUUGUUUUCGAUUUGGGUUAUAAAGGAGGCUGCAGCUUCCCGACCGGAAGUCAGUUCCACGUGCGCAUCCAUCCGGCGAACAACCGAAUCCAGUGGCAAGCAAGGAUAUCUGCCCGUUAACUCAAGGAUUACUCUGCACCUGUGACUGCUCAUUCAGCAGCAGGCUGGGCAGCGCGAGAAAGUCCAGAGUCCAGCCCCAAAACUCAGUGGUGCUAGUAGCCAGAGGAUGGUCUACGAUAUGAGCCAUAUGGCGGCGGGUCCGCCGCAAAGCAUUUCGCUGAGUCGCUACUACCUGGUCGACGAGGAUGAGAUGGUGGGGUCGAAUAAUCCGCAUCUGGUCAACGAGGACUAUGCGGCCAGUACUACGCUGGACAUCGAUAAGCGUUUCCAGGCGCGAAUGGCGUGCGAAACGGCCGCACAACCGGCACCGCCACCGCCGCCCACGCCGGCGCCACGUCGCCGGACCACGCCCAUUGCCCAUCUGGAUCCCUCGGAAUUGGUGGGUCUAUCGCGGGAGGAGCGGCGUCGUCGCAGGCGGGCGACACUCAAGUACCGGACGGCACAUGCGACGCGGGAGCGCAUCCGGGUGGAGGCCUUCAAUGUGUCCUUUGCCGAGCUGCGCAAGCUGUUGCCCACAUUGCCGCCGGACAAGAAGCUAUCCAAGAUCGAGAUCCUCAAGCUGGCCAUCUGCUACAUUGCCUAUCUAAAUCAUGUGCUGGAGACGCCCUGAGACAGCGCCGGCGCCUCCAGCUUCGCCACCAGCUGCCUCUUCAACGAGGCCAAUUUCAUCGCCCCCCCGUAGGAGGUGGGGGGGCGUGGCGGGCGGAUUGAGGCGGAAAACUCUGCGAAUAUCCCACUUCAGAUGAACGCAUUUCCCCAAGCUCUGUAAUCCGCACGUCGCUCCAUUGGAUACUUGGCAAGGCGAAUCGAAUUAACCAUCACCAACUAAGCGAAGUGUUUGAUGGACU